CAAACAGCGAGCAGAGACGUCGACGCCAGCAGCAGCAGCAGAAAAUGGACGUCAAGUUGCUGACAGAGCUGCGGCUGGAGGGCAGCGCGCGCAGGCGUCGCAGCAGCGCUGCUCAACAACAGCAACAACAACCACAACAACAGCAACAACAACAACAGCCACAACAACAAUCACACACAUUGCAGCGCGGCAAGUUGUCGCGUCAGGAACGUGCCAUAGGUGGCGCCACCAGAAGCAAGAUCGCCAGCAAGACGCCUACGUCCGCUGUGGCGGUGGUGCCACCAAGUCGACAGAGCCGCAAGAGCAGCAGCAGCAACAACAAUCGCAGGGAGCGGGAAAGGGAGCGAGAGCGAGAGCGGGAACGGAUACGGCAACGGGAAUCCCCACUGACUUUGUCACGUGUGGCCUUUGGACGCACUUGCUCGGGUCGGUCAACGGGGCAUGCCACACUACCCCCACCCCCAGUGCUGCAACCAGCAGCAGCGGCACCUGUGCGUCACCGCGGACUGAGGCAUCGGCUGGACACGCCGCGUCCAAUGGCCAGGCCGAUGGCAGCGGCGCACGAGCAGCUCGAGUUGCUGCUCACGCGCAUUGAGCGAGGCUCCGAAGUGGACAUAACGCCAACAACAACACCAAUGCCAAUGCCAAUGCCGACGUCGACGUCAGCGCCACGGCGACGCAAGCCGGCGGCAGCGCGCACAGUGCGCAGGCAAAUGGAGCAUCCGCCGCCGGUGCCGACGGUGACGCCGCUGAGCAGUGCGCGCAACAACAAAAGCAACAACUAUGAGCAGCUGCAAUCAACUGUUGCUGCCACAACAACAACAGCAGUUGCCACCACGUUGACCAAUACAGCGACAGCGACUGCAGCGGCGACUGCGACUGCCACAGCGGCCACCUUCGUCCCUCUCACACAGAAUCCACAACUGCUAACGCCGGAGAAGCGUCGAGCGCUGCUCGAGCUGCUGUCGCGGGCAGAGCAGCAUGACCAGGAGAUCGUCAACAUAUUGCGCAGCGAGGUCAGCGAUGCCGGUGAUCCGUCCAGGGAUGCAAUGCGUCUAACACUCCAGAUGCUGCCGUUGGCGCUGAAGCCCGGAGAUUCACCGUACUGUAAGCACUUCUGGGCGGGACAUCGCUACCUAAAGGAACGUCAGAAGCUGUAUCAACAGCUUCCACCGGACGACUUGCGUUAUAAAGAGGUAAAAAUCUUGCGAGCUCCCGAUGGCAAUUUCUUUCUCUCGAAGCCACUCGAGGACGAGCUCAAGGAUGAGAAACAUGUGCUGGACUUUAUAGAAUCUGAGCUGCAUCGCAGUCAACAGACGCCAAUAACUCCAGAGCAAAGGACACGCCAAGAGAGGGCGUUGGAUGAGCGCCGGGAACUAGAUCGGCAGAAGCAACAGGUGAGUGAGUGUCGAGAACGACAUCGUCUCCAGGAGAUGAAGCGGCUGAAGAAGCAGGUGCCCAAGAAGAUGACAAAGCAGGCCAAGAAAGUGCAAGAGGAGGCCAAACAGUUGCCACAGUUGACACAGUUGCCCAAGCAAAUUGAAUAUAGCAAAAGACUGACUGUUAUUGAGGAGGUUGAACAAGAAGAGGAGAAGGGGGAACUGAACAAAGAUGCAAAUGAAAAUGGGGAUGAUGAUGAUGAUGAUGAUGUGACGCCACGCCCCACAGCUGCUCAAGCAGCCAUGCCGGAAGAUCUCAUGGAAUUACUCGUGCAACGUCAACAGUUCCGGGAGCAAUGUCGACGCAGCAGCCUUUACAACAAUCCCAACUGCGACACACCCUGGAAACUGUAUGCCAACAUUGCCAACAAACUCAGCGAGGAAUUGACGACGAAAACAGACGAGGAACUGCGUCGCAGCAUUGCGGGCUACAUCAAGGAAUUUGUGGACAACGAGGCGAGCAUUACAAAGCCAACAAAUUAAAUACCAUUCCUUUUCCCCAACAACGAUAACGAUGAGCGCAACAUUCCCCAUCCAUAUGCCCGCACCCAAGGGCAACUUAAAUUCAAUAAAAGAGUACGAACAAAUUACAAGUACACCAUCAACUGGAACCACAUCACCAUUUCGAACUGACCAUAGCACAAAUUAUAAAACAAAAAUCAAAUAAAAAUAUAUAUUUAUUUA